GUACGUACGUUUUUGUUGUGUGUGUUGCUGAGUGGUAGCGCGCGUCCAUGUGCAUUUCUUCGGCGGCAUGUUCGCGUACGUUCGUUUCCGCGACGACAACGAAAAGACGAAAAGCGAAUCGUCCCAGUGGCUGCAUGUAAACACCUCAAGCCGAACGAUACGAGCGAUUUUAAUCCUCGCAAAUGGUACAAAGUCUUCUGGAAAGAUGAAACACACUGCGACCACUACCACGCUCAAGUGAUUAGGCUUUACGGUAAGUGCAUGACCGCCUCUUUGUUUUCCAAAUACAAAAACAAAGAUGAGGAAGCAGUCAUUCUGAAAUUAUCCACUCGUCAUGUUUUUUUAGCUACCGAGGACGAUGCAAGAAAGGCUACCGAAAAACGAACUUCCAUUCCGCAAAGACCUGGCAGCGACUCCUCCUAUAGCUGCAGUUCAAAUGAAGUGGAUGGAUCGUUUGAAGAAGAAACGCAGCGUCAAGCUGCUGUUAAACAGAAAAUGAAGGAUGUGAGCAGCCAUUUUAAGAAGAAGCAGCGAGACCUCCUGUUUGGUGAUGCUGAGGGAGGAAAAAAGACCGAGAAAGAACUUCUCAAAGAAGAAGUGAAUAUGCUGAAGGCCGAAAAUUCAAAACUCUUGGACCGAAUAAGAAUGCUCGAAAAGGCCCUAUGCAGCAAAAUUUUCAAAACAGAAAAAAACCUCGUUCUGUGCGAGGGCUGCAGCCGCAAGCCAGAACAACAAGUUGCGCCUUUGCCAUCGCCAUGUGCUGCCACGGUGCAGCUGCCACGCACCACCACCAUGCAGCCGCCGCGCACCGCUACCGUGCAGCCACUGCGCACCACCACAGCGACCCCGGGCAGCCCUGAAGUGGCCCACACAAGUGCGAGGGAGGCCGAUUACGUGCCCACUGACGGAGAGGUGCAUCUGGGCAAAGGGAUCACCAUUCCUGAGUACAGCCGCCUCAUGAGCACAAAAAGCGAAACCCGCUUUGUUCGUGAGGCGGCCGUUGCCAUUUAUUCAACGGCAGGCUUGGUUGGGCGGAGUGUAAUUGGAACAGCCUCUAACCGGACAAAGGGAGAGGCAAAACCUCCCUUGGAUAAAGAAAAAUACGCUGUGCUUUCUGAUUUCUUCAACCAUUUUUUGAAAAGCAAUUUUCCAAUUGGAGAGGUCGAGCAAAAGAAGAAGAUACUAAAUAAGGCGCUCGCAAACAAAAUUAACGAUUUGAUGAAAUCAAAAGAUUAAGAAGUCAAUGGAACCUCAAAUAAAAGAUUUUGUUUGAUUUCUGUGUUCAUCUGUGUCCUGCUUGCUCUAAUGCAGUGGCCCACCUGCCAGUCGGCUAAGCACCGAUUCACUUGUGGGCU